CACCUCCCUUUAGGGGUUGUGCAAUCCUGCAUCUCAUAAAUAGAGCCUCACCCCAGCCUCCGGAAGCCUCUGCCAGCCCAGGUCCCAAGGGAACCUCUGGUCCUCUCCAGCCUUAGGUCCCAGCCUGCAGACCGCCAUGAGGACCCACUGCCUGCUGCUGCUCGCCUUCUGCUUCCUCUUCUGCCAGAUGGCCCCAGGUACCGCUCUCACAAGUCUCGGCCACAGAUCGGACCAUUACCAGUGUGUGAGGAACGGAGGGUUCUGUUUGUACUCUGCUUGUCCCAUGUUUUCCAAAGUCGUUGGCACCUGCUACAACGGGAAGGCGAAGUGCUGCACCUGAACCUGAGUGACCGGGGCACAGCGGAAGGAUGUGAAAUACUUCUUUUAAUAAAGAAUGCUUGUUUCCA